GCGAGCCUGGCACGGGAGGGCCCUGCACCGGCCCCGCGCCCCGGAACAGCCGGUAGUAGCCGUUUUUUUCCUCCCUCUUCUCCCUCUCCCUCGCCUCUUUCCGCCCGGCUUUGUGUGAAGUUUGCGGCACAUUGCAGAUGAGCCCUUAGCGGCGAGAGGAGCCUAUUGUUCCCCGCCAGGAACUGCUUGCUGGGGCUGUGCUGGCUUUUGCCUUUGGAGCUGCCUCUUGCAGUACCGGAACCGGCCUCCGGGGCCCGCUGUGUCGCGCUCUCGUCCAGGCAGAAGCACGGCGGCCUCAGAUCUUUUUGUCUGAGCGAGAAGAGAAGUGAAUCCCGCUGCCGCCGCCACCGCCGCCGCCGCCGUAGCUCUACAGUGUGUGUGUGUAAGGGAGCGAGCGAGGGAGCGAGCGAGCGAGGGAGGGAGAUCGCAUGGAGCCGCGGCUGUAACACACACACACUGUCAAUACCUCACUCCGGCUCCCCCCCCGCCCCACCACAACAGUAACCCAAUUCAUUGUGUGAUCCAGCAGCACCAUGUUGAGUCUCAUGUGCAGGCUGGAUCGGCUGGGUUUGUGGUGCUGAGAGAGGCAGCAGCCGCGGGAGGAGGAAUUACUGAGAGGUGCCCCUCUCCCUCCCUGCCUCUUCGCCCGUGUGUUGUGUGGAGACAGGACUCGCAAUUACCACACUCUCGGGGCUCCCUUAUUCCUUUUAAACUUUUUUUUAAACAAGCCCCUCUCCAUGGCUGAUCCCCGGCCGAGCACGGGCACCUGGGUCUCUUAAAGACAAGGAGGAGCCGGGGAUUGUUGUUGUUGUUGUCGGCCGUUUUUUUUUUUUUUAAAUUGGAUUUUUUUUUUACGAGAACCUUUUUUAUUACAAAAAUGGCAAAUUCGACGGGUAAAAACCACGCAGACCAGCGGAGAAAGGGACUCGCUUUCCUGGACGAGCUGCGGCAGUUUCACCACAGCAGAGGGUCUCCUUUUAAGAAGAUCCCCGUGGUGGGUGGGAAGGAGCUGGAUCUUCACGCUCUCUAUACCAGAGUCACCACUUUAGGCGGAUUUGGGAAGGUAUCAGAGAAGAAUCAGUGGGGAGAAAUUGUAGAAGAGUUUAACUUUCCCAGAAGUUGUUCUAACGCUGCCUUCGCUUUAAAACAGUAUUACUUGCGUUAUCUAGAAAAGUAUGAAAAAGUCCAUCAUUUUGGGGAGGAGGAUGAUGAGGUACAACCAGGAAAUCCAAAGCCACAACUUCCUAUUGGUGCAAUUCCAACUUCCUAUAACUACCAGCAACACAGCGUGUCAGAUUAUCUUCGUCAAAGCUAUGGGCUGUCUAUGGACUUAAACUCACCAAAUGACUAUAAUAAGUUGGUGCUUUCACUGUUAUCUGGACUCCCAAAUGAAGUGGACUUUGCAAUUAAUGUGUGUACUCUUCUUUCAAAUGAAAGCAAGCAUGUUAUGCAGCUUGAAAAGGACCCUAAAAUCAUCACUUUACUGCUUGCAAAUGCUGGGGUGUUUGAUGACACUUUAGGAUCAUUUUCUGCUGUAUUUGGAGAAGAGUGGAAGGAGAAAACUGAUAGAGAUUUUGUUAAGUUUUGGAAGGAUAUUGUUGAGGAUAUUGAAGUUCGUGAUCUAAUUUCUGACAGAAGCAAAUCUCAAGAUAUUCCAUCAGAAGAAUGGAUUUGGGAAUCCUUAUUUCAUCCACCUCGCAAAUUGGGCAUUAAUGAUAUUGAAGGGCAGCGGGUACUUCAGAUAGCAGUGAUUUUAAGAAAUCUUUCUUUUGAAGAGGGAAAUGUUAAACUUCUGGCAGCUAAUCGUACUUGUCUUCGGUUCCUGCUACUCUCUGCUCACAGUCACUUUAUUUCUCUACGGCAGUUGGGACUUGACACGCUGGGAAAUAUUGCAGCAGAGCUUCUUUUGGAUCCUGUUGAUUUCAAAACUACUCAUCUAAUGUUCCACACAGUUACAAAAUGCCUCAUGUCAAGGGAUAGAUUUUUAAAAAUGAGAGGCAUGGAAAUCUUGGCAAAUCUUUGUAAGGCUGAAGAUAAUGGUGUCUUAAUUUGUGAAUAUGUGGAUCAAGAUUCCUAUAAAGAGAUCAUAUGUCAUCUCACACUACCAGAUGUGCUGCUUGUAAUCUCAGCACUUGAGGUGCUAUACAUGCUCACAGAAAUGGGAGAAGUGGCCUGCUCAAAGAUUGCUAAAGUAGAGAAGAGCAUAGAUACAUUAGUAUGUCUGGUUUCUAUGGACAUCCAGAUGUUUGGACCUGAUGCUCUUACUGCUGUAAAGCUCAUUGAACAUCAGUGUGUUAGCCAGCAAGGAAUACUUGAUGUCAGACCACAGGUAAUGGAUCAUGGUUCUUCACAGGCCCAUGCAACAGGUGUCCCAGCCUCUAGGACAGCACCACACGUUGCUCCACCUCCAGGAAUAGUAGAAAUAGACAGUGAGAAAUUUGCAUGUCAAUGGUUGAAUGCCCAUUUUGAAGUGAACCUUGAUUGCUCUGUCUCUCGAGCAGAAAUGUACUCUGAAUACCUCUCUACUUGUAGUAAAUUAGCUCGAGGUGGAAUCCUAACAUCAACUGGAUUUUAUAAAUGCCUGCGAACUGUCUUUCCAAAUCAUACAGUGAAGAGAGUAGAAGAUCCAAGUAACAAUGGUCAAGCACAUAUACAUGUGGUAGGAGUGAAAAGGAGAGCUAUACCGCUUCCCAUUCAGAUGUACUAUCAGCAGCCACCAACUUCGUCUACCCCAGUUGUCCGGGUUGAUUCAAUUCCUGAUGUGUCUUCGUCUCCUUUGCCAGCAGGAAUCCCGCAUGGGCUACCAGGUGUAGGAAAUCACUAUCAGAGGACCCCUAUAAACCAGUCUUCAACUCUGACAGCAACACAGAUGUCUUUUCCAAUUCAAGGUGUUCACACUGUGGCACAGACUGUUUCUAGAAUUCCACAGAAUCCUUCUAUUCAUACACAACAAAAUGCUCCAAUGACUGUUAUACAGAAUAAAGGUCCAAUAUCCUGUGAAGUAGUGAAGGCCGCAGUAAUACAGAGCUCUGUUCCUCAGUCUGCAGUUCCUGUUCCUAUUGCUGUAGGAGGAGCUUCUAAUCAAAAUCACAGCACCACAGGCCAGCAGCCGUCUGUUACAGUUGUGAGUUCUCAGAUGCUUCACCACCAACCUGUAAUUCAGCAACAGUCCCCACUGCAUGCAGUGGUACCCGGACAGAUACCUUCAGGCACUCCUGUUACGGUAAUUCAGCAAGCUGUACCUCAGGGUCAUAUAUUUGGCAGAGUACAAAAUCUACCAGCAUGCAGUUCAGCAGUUUCACAGGGUCAACAGCUAAUCAGCACAUCAUCACAACCUGGGCAGACAUCAUCUCAGCAGUCCUCUGCGGGUAACCAGCAACAAGAUACAGUCAUCAUAGCACCACAGCAGUAUGUCACAACCUCUGCAUCUAACAUUGUUUCUGCCACCACAGUUCAAAAUUUCCAAGUAGCAGCUGGGCAGGUGGUUACAAUUGCAGGUGUUCAGAACCCACCAACAUCCAGAGUAGGGUUUCAGAAUAUUGCACCAAAGCCUCUGCCAUCUCAGCAAGGUCCACCUGCUGUGGGGCAGCAGCCACAGCAGCAGCCUCCACCACCAUCCCAGCAAAGUGUAGUGAUAGUAAGCCAGCCAGCUCAGCAAGGUCAGACGUAUGCACCAGCCAUUCAUCAAAUUGUGCUUGCUAACCCAGCUUCUAUUCCUGCUGGCCAAACAGUCCAGUUGGCUGGACAGCCGAGCAUUACUCCAUCAUCUUCACCGUCCCCAGGUCCGGUUACAAAUAAUCAAGUCCCUACAGUUAUGUCAUCUUCAUCUACCACUCCUCAGUCACAAGGACCCCCUCCUACUGUUAGCCAGAUGCUUUCUGUAAAGAGGCAGCAGCAGCAGCAACACUCACCAGCAUCAUCGCAGCAGCAGGUACAGGUACAACAACCGAUGCAAAUGCAAGUUCAGUCACAACAAGCUAAUACAGGGGUUGGCCAGCCCAAUUCUGGUGAGUCUAGCCUGAUAAAACAACUGCUUCUUCCAAAAAGAGGCCCCUCAACUCCAGGGGGGAAGCUUAUACUCCCAGCUCCACAGAUUCCUCCACCUAACAAUGCAAGAGCUCCUAGCCCUCAGGUGGUUUAUCAGAUGGCCAAUAACCAGACACCAGGUUUUGGAGUUCAAGGACAGUCUCCAGCUCAGCAGCUGCUAGUUGGACAGCAGAAUGUUCAGCUGGUCCCGGGUGCAAUCCCACCCCAAGGGGCAGUGCAAACAGUACCCAUUUCUAAUUUACAGAUAUUGCCAGGCCAGUUGAUCUCUAACAGCCCAGCAACUAUUUUCCAAGGGACUACUGGCAACCAGGUUACGAUAACAGUUGUGCCAAAUACGAGUUUUGCUACUGCAACUGUGAGUCAGGGAAAUGCAACUCAGAUCAUUGCUCCAGCAGGAAUUUCAGUGAGUGGAGCACAGACAGGAGUUGGGCUACAGGUGCAAACCCUUCCAGCUACUCAAGCACCUUCAGCUGGACAAUCACCGUGUACUGCUGCUCCCCCAUUCAAAGGUGAUAAAAUAAUUUGCCAAAAGGAGGAAGAAGCAAAGGAAGCAACAGGUUUACACAUUCAUGAACGUAAAAUUGAAGUUAUGGAGAAUCCUUCCUGCCGAAGAGGAGCUGCAAACACCAGCAAUGGGGAUGCAAAAGAAAAUGAAAUGCAGGUGGGAAGUCUUUUAAAUGGGAGAAAGUAUAGUGACUCCAGUCUACCUCCUUCUAACUCAGGGAAAACACAGAAUGAGGCCAAUCAGUGCUCACAAGUCAGUAAUGGGCCAUCAUUAGAAAUGGGUGAGAACGGAGCUCCUGGAAAGCAGAACUUUGAACAAACGGACACACAGGAAAUUAAAAGUGAUUUGAAGAAGCCCCUAGUUAAUGGAAUCUGUGAUUUUGAUAAAGGAGAUUGUUCUCAUUUGAGCAAAAACAUUCCAAAUCACAAAACUUCCAAUCAUGUAGGAA